CCGAAUCCUACGUCGAAGUUGAGAACAGUUUUCUGUGAGAAUACUUUCUGUGAGUUAUACUUUGUGAGAAAGAUUUUGUAGAUAGUGCAGUUAGUUUAAUACAGUGCCAUGGAUAGUAUGCCACAUAUUGAUGAGACGGGACCGGGGUUUGUCGGUAUUAAAUUUUGUCAGGAAUGUAACAAUAUGCUUUACCCUAAAGAAGAUAAGGAAAAUCGGCAGCUUCUUUUUGCUUGCAGAAACUGCGAUUUUCAACAGGUUGCAGACAAUCAUUGUAUAUAUGUGAAUAAGAUUACUCACGAGGUGGAUGAACUGACGCAGAUCGUCAGCGACGUCAUUCAUGACCCAACCCUACCACGAACUGAAGACCACCCCUGUCCAAAGUGUGGCCAUCGGGAAGCCGUCUUUUUCCAGGCUCAAUCGCGUCGCGCCGAGGACGAGAUGCGUUUGUACUAUGUUUGUUGUAAUCAGUCCUGCACGCACCGGUGGACUGAGUAAUUCGUUUUUCACUACACAGAUCGCGUCGGCUCGGCAGUCAUCUUCAUCACGUUUCAACGCCCACACGGUCAAAAUACUGGAAGUCGAACUAUUUCAUCGUUGUCCACUCAGGUCUCUCAGAGCAGAUUUAAUUUGAUCACGUAAAUUGUAUAUUAAUAUUAAAAGUACCGAAGCGCUGCAAAUACGAUGCAUAAUAAUAUUAUUACUAUUACAUGCGUCACGCAACUCAUGUAACAUUGUUAUCUUUAUCUUAUUUUGAUAAAUUGAUGAAGACGGAGUGUAAAGUCACGUAAUGAUUCAAGGUGGCAGAAAUGCAUAAAAUCGUUGGGAAGUGUAUUUAUGAGCAGCAAAGAAAUAUAAAACUUCAACUGAUUAACUUCUUUGUAAUUAAUUUCUUAUUAGUUUAGAAUAUGUAUUCGAUUGCAAAUAAGGUAACUAAGUGUGAUACCCACUUUUGUACACUUCAACGAUAGGAUUCACUCUAGUGAGUGCCUUUUUAAUUAUAUAGUCAAAAAAAAAAAUGGAAAACACUGCAUGUGCUGUAUCAACUCAGGUAAAAUAUAUUUAAAAUUUGAUUUACAGGGAUCAAGCGGCUUAGAGUGUUGUACGCAGCAUAUUGAUUUUUCGAUCAGUGUUUUUGGAGGAGCAAAUAUUUUUAUGUGUGAUUCCAAUUAUUGGUCUUCAUGCUUUGAUUAUAAAAUAUCUAUAAAUAAAAUGAUUAUAAAAUGGAAUAAUAUGGCUUAG